AUGAAUUAAAAUAAAGAGAAUGAAUAUGUCUCAGAUGUCCAAGGUUAUUUCACCAACAAAUGCAUGACAUCAACAAGGAGUACUUCACUACAUGAGGAGAAUACAAUGAAGUUUAGUCGAAGCAAUAAUUUAUUUGAAUAAAAACAACAAGAAAAUGAAAAAGAAUUAAAAAGGAAAUGGUCUGAUAUUGCUAAGGAUUGGUAGAGGAAUAAAAGGGAUGUGAAAGUAUUCCAAUUAGCUGAGUUUGGUAUCCCAAUAAGUGCCAGAAAAUAAAUUUGGCCUCUCAUUGUUGGCAAUAAGCUAUAAAUUACAAAAGAACUUUAUAAUAUUUUACAAACUCAAAGUAAGACUUUUAAAUUUGAUUAACGAAAGCCUUUGGGAAGAAUGUCUUCAUUCAAUCACAUCAAAUAAGACUUAGGAAGAACCUUCAAAAAUGAAAGUCUACAAAAAAUAUUUCAUCCAGGAGGUCCCCUCAGUGAGAAUUUAUAAUCCAUUCUUGAAGUGUUUUGCCUAUAUCGACCUGAUAUUGGUUAUGUAUAGGGUAUGACUUAUGUGGGAUCAAUCCUCCUAACAUACUUUGAUGACUAUUAGGCAUUUGUAAUUUUUAGUAGUUUGAUAACGCAUCCUCAAUUGAUAUCCAUAUUCAUGCUUGAUGAAUAGAAUCUCUAAAUCAUAUUUCAAUAAUUUGAAAAACUCAUUAAACUCAACAUUCCCCAAGUUCAUAAACUAUUUAAAUAAUAUAAUAUCAAUUGUACUAAUUAUUUGCUCGAUUGGAUCUUGACUCUCUUUGCAAAGCCUUUAAACCCCGAUAUUGUAGGCAGAAUUUGGGACAGAAUGCUCUUUAAUGGCACACACAUUCUAUGGAAAUGUGGAAUUGCUAUAUUGAAGAUAUUAUAUCCAAAAUUCAAGGAUUAGGAGAAGACAUUAUAGAGUUUAAAAAAUCCUGAUAUCAAAGAUGAUGAAUUGUUGUAAGAGAUGAAGAGUAUAAAUUAUCCCUUUGAAGUUUAAGAGGUUUUAGGUAAUAUUGAAUUAUGAUAUACUUCAUAUGGAUAUAAUUAUUCUCUUGGUGA